CCGUGCAGUCCCGCGUUAGCCGUCCCUGCCGCCGCCGCGGCUCGGGCUUCUCUGCUCCUACUCCUUUUCCGCACAAGUUUCCGCCGCCUAGAAAAGCAGCCGCGGAAGGACCAGCUAAGGGCCGAGGUCCCGCAGUCCCCGGCCAGCUGGCCAUGUGGGGGCGAUUCCUGUCCCUGGAGCCAGGCGGCCCCGGCGGAGUCCGCAGCUACCCCACGGGCCAAGAUUACUCCUCCACAGCAUGGUCAUCUGGUACUGAAUCUUUGUGGCAGGCCACAACUGUUCCAUCAAGCACUCGUAGUAGCCACACCCGACGACAUAGCAUAGCUUCUGACAGUGGGGACACUGGCAUUGGAACCUCCUGUUCUGACAGUGUGGAAGACCAUUCUACUUCAAGUGGUACAUCAUCAUUCAAGCCCAGCCGCUCACUGGUCACAAUUCCCACUGCCCAUGUGAUGCCGUCUCAUUCUAGUUCUUCAGUUUCCAAACACAGGGAAGCACUGACAUCUGAUGGGUCCAAAUGGAGUACAGGUUUCAUACGGACGAUGGGAAACCGAAAUCGAGAGCUGGACUCUUCACUUGACAUGAAGGACAUACGACCUAUACGAAAAUGGUCAUCUUUGUCUAAACUCAACCUCCCAGAUAACUGUAGUCAGGAUGGCAGUGUUCGAUCUGAGGAAUCCAGGAGUAGUUUAGAUAAGUCAGAGAGAGACAGGGCUUUGAUAGCACAACUAAGGGCAAAUGGUCCCAGCUGCUUACAUGAUAGUAUGGAGAUGCUUCAACUCGAAGACAAGGAAAUAAAUAAAAUACGGUCUUCAACUCUGGAUUGUAAAUAUAAGUUUGAGAGCUGUAGCAAAGAAGACUUGGGAAUCUCUCCUGCUCAUAGGAGACAUGCCUUAGACAAGACAUACAGUGCCUUACCUGAAAGCAAGUCUUCUAUAACAAGUUCAGAGCCUUAUGAACAAAAAUAUCUAAUGCUAGGCCAGCAGGCUGUGGGUGGAAUUCCUAUUCAGCCUUCUGUUAGAACUCAAAUGUGGCUUACUGAUCAAUUACAUGCAAAUCCUCCUGAUUGUAGGCCUAUUGAUGAGGCUUUCACCUUAGCUCCCUGGCAACAGCACCAACUUGAAGAAUUCAGACAAGGGAGUGAGCCACCUAUGCAGGUUUUGACUGGAUCUCGUCAAAAUUAUUCUUCUGGCUUCCAUGAUUUCAAUAGAUGGGAAUCUUUAUUGAAAAUUAAAGAAGGAUUGUUAAGGCAGAAGGAAAUUGUAAUUGACAGGCAGAAACAACAAAUUUCCAAUCUACAUCAGAGGAUCAAGGAUAAUGAAUUACGAGCACAACAUGCCAUAUUGGGUCAUUACGUGAAUUGUGAAGAUUCUUAUGUUGCAGGUUUGCAGCAACCACAAUAUGAUAAUGCUUCACUUCAGGCUCCAUUUCCUGACCGAUCAAUAUCUCGCCCUGAACAUGAGGAACUUGAACGAAAGCUUGCUUCUGCCGAAAAAGAGCUUUCACAACUCAAUGAGUUUCUCAAGCAAAGUGCAAGCAAAUCUAAUGAAGAGAAGAAGAAGCUGGAAGAGAAGCUGAAAACCAGAGAUAGAUAUAUUAGUAGCCUGAAAAAGAAAUGUCAGAAGGAAUCUGAACAAAACAAAGAGAAACAAAGACGAAUUGAGACCUUGGAAAAGUACUUGGCUGACCUGCCAACUCUGGAUGAUGUGCAGAACCAGAGCCAACAGCUGCAGAUUUUAGAAGAAAAAAACAGGAACUUACAUGAGACUGUAAAAGAUAUGGAGAAAAAAUUUGGAGAGAUCAGAACUCAGUAUCAAGAGAAAGAGGUGCAGCUGGCUUGUCAACGGAAGAAAGAAAAGGAGUUGGUUACCACUGUGCAAAGUUUACAACAGAAAGUUGAAAGGUGUCUUGAAGAUGGUAUCCGGCUACCCAUAAUAGAUGCAAAACAACUUCAGGAUGAAAACGAUCACCUCAAAGAACAAAAUGAGAAUGCCAGUAAGGUAAUAGCCAGCCAGCAAAAUAAGAUUGACAGAAUGUUGUUAGAAAUUCAGUCUAUGCAAGAGAAACUUUGUCAAGAGAAAUUGGCAACUCAGAAAAUGGAGGAAGAGCUAGAAGAAAAAGAAAAGAUUAUAAUGAAGUUAACAGAAACAUUACUUGAAAACCAAAGACUAAGUGAAGAAUAUUCUCCUGUCUUAGAAGAACAGCAAGAGAAACAGUCCAAGCAUCAGGCCGACUUAUCUCUACAGCCACUAUUGAAUUUUAACAUGGUUGAUCAGUUGUUCAAGGAAAUGACCCAUUGUUUGUUUGACUUGAAAGCAUUGUGCAGUAUUCUUAACCAGAGAGCCCAGGGCAAGGAGCCUAAUCUUUCAUUAUUGCUCGGAAUCAGAUCUAUGAGCUCUUCAACUGAAGAGACUGAGAAUGACCACAGCCCGGAAUCACUGACUAAAAAACUAUCAGACCUGUGCCAGUUACGGAAGGAGAUUGAUGAAUUAAGGACUAUGAUAUCAGACCGCUAUGCUCAGGACAUGGGAGACAACUGCAUUACCCAGUGAUAAAGUAUUGGUCCCACAGCAAUAAUGACUCAUUGCCCAAUGCUGCUGUGUUAACUAUUCUUCAUCUUUCUGUUCAGGAACCAUAUUGGAAGAUUGCAUUUCUAUUUGACCUGCAUAAAGGUUUUUCUGUGUGUUGUUUUAUUUUCGGGUAGGGAAGGAUGGGACUGGGAGAUAGUUACAAUGGAACUUAUUUAAUCAAGCAAAAAAAAAACCCACAUGUUUCAAAUCAUCAUUUGAAAAGUACGAUAAAGUCUACACAAAAAAUAUCUCUAUUCUCAAACUACUGAUUGUAGGACCAAGCUGUGAAGAGUGCUAUUCAGAUAAAGAGGUAGGGUUGGUGUCUUGUUUUUUGUGUUUUUUUUUCCUUUUUUUUUUACUCCCAUGGCAUUUUAAUGUUUAUAAAGGUUUCUAGAGUUAAAGCAAAGGUUACAAGGAAGGUACUGAUUGUAUCUCCACUUAUUGUUUCUUCCAAUAGAAGUUUGUAUUGCACAUUUAGGAUGUUCAAGGACUAACUGAAGCAAAGUUUACAACAUCUCCCCCUUUACUAGGGGCAUGGAAGAUGCUUUUGUUAUUGGAACAAUCAUGCUGUUGAAAGAUGUAGUUGUAGGGAUUAGACUGUAGUAGUAUGUAGACAAGUGAACUACUUUUUAGUAUGCUUUCAAGCUACCUGUUACAGUUGGGAAAGUUUAAUAUGAUGAAACAUAUCAACAUCAUGAGUGAGUGUUUCAGCAUUUGAAUUCUUUUCCAGCAAAGGAGAUAUUUAGCAUUAGUUUGUGCUUGUAUCUUUACAUAGUAGUUCCUGUUGGUUUUUUCUUGAGGAGGUAGGGUAAGUUAUUUAUCUGAAAAGAACAUUGUGAACAUAAAGCUUUGUUUAAAGUUAAGACAUCCAUAAACACUGCAGAUGAUCACCAAAAAGGGAAAUUAAGAAUACUAGCUUUGGUUGUGAUUCUUAACAUAUAAAAAUUUUUGUCUGCGAAAGUUUCAAAUUGAAGGCUAUUGAAAAAAUUAGCUGCAGUCUUCAGUGUCACAUUUGGAUGUUCACCAACACAAAGAUACAAACCAUACUUAGCUGGUUUCUUUUCCUUGUUGUACCAAGUUGCACCCAUUGAGACAGUUUCUCAUUUAACCCUUGACCAUGCUAGUUCUCUAACUUAUAUGUGAGUCUAAGGUAACAUAAAUAAUUUUUAAUAAGCAUAAUUGAAUUAUAUGCAUCCAAAUUAAUUCAAAAAUUAUGCACUUAACCCCAAAAUGCAGCCAUUGCCUAAAAUGCUUUUGAAAAUAUUCUUUUGACGAUUCCUUCAGAAUCUAUGGCACACACCUCUUUGAAUAACUUCAUUGUGAGAAAUCUUGAUUAUUGGAGGGGGAGUUUAAUUUUAGGAAAUGACUGGAAGUUAUUUAGAGCCAAAUGUGGUUACUAAAAGGUUAGUAUUGAAUUGUUUUGUAAAAACAAUAUAAGUGAAGUAUAAUAUUUUUGUAGCUCUCAAACUAGAAGGCAAAGAUCUACAAAAGAGUAGGUCCACAAAUGUUUUGAGCAAUGGAAGCAUCACUGGAAUAGAGACAUAGCCACUCGAGGUGACUGCUUUCAGACAACAUUUAUUUUCAUGUAUUCAAUCUGAUAAUAUUUUGGUUUUUUUAAACUGUUGGUCACAUUAUUUUUAGAGGCAGGCCUCAUGUAUAAAUUAUUCUACAGUUUAGUUCAAGUAACAGUGUUGAUAUAUUCAACUUGGAUUCUGCCCAGUGCCUGUGUAAAAUACUCCCUUGCUAGUAACUGAGGUGAUUUAAGGAGGUACUGACUCAGUCACUAAGGAUCAUUAAUUCAGUGCAGUAAUGAUAUCUUCGUCUGCAUCUUAAUAUAGUAUGGAGUGAUAUAGGCACCAGAGAGAACAAAUGAUGUGUUUGAUUUGUAUUUUUUAAGGGAAACAAAAAUACCACCUCUAGUAUAAGGCACUAAAAUAGUAAAUUUGUAUCUAAAUACAUGAUGCAAAGAUGAAACUUUAGAAUGAGUGGGUAUUAUAUUUUAGAAUAGUUAAAUUAUCUCUCUAUUCUAUAGAACUGAAAUUCUAAAAUAUCAGCAUUGGUGGAAAUGCCUUGACAGUAAAGCAGAUAGAAUAAGUACAGUCCCUUGGGAUAGACCACUCCCAGUUCUUGGAACUGGAAAGUCACUGGACUUGGGGUAGACAAUCACCAAAUUACAUCACCUGUCUCCUAUGCUGUUUAAUAAUAAAUUGUUGGGUGUUUUUUUUUUUUAAUCCUAACGGUCAACCUUUUUCCAGGUCUGUUUAUUCAUUUGGCUUAGUUGUCAUGAAAUCUUUUCAGGGUAUUAUUAUUUUAAUAAGUUAAUGUUCUAAAGUGUAUAAUUAAUUUGCACUAAAGUAACUUUGUCAUGAGCAUUUUUAAAAGGUAAAUUUAAUGGAAAACUGGCAAACUAGUACUGUUGCCUUCAGUUUGUAGAACUGAAAUCAUCUUAGACUAUUUCUUAAAGAACACCUCUGGUGCUGUGCACUCCUCCCUGCCACGGGGCACCGCUCCCCUGGCCACCCCUUCUAGUAUAGUGCUACUUUCUCCACACUUUUAAAAAAAAUAGUGAUUUUGGUUUUGUUUUCCUGGAAGACUCAAGAAAAAGAGUGAGUUGGGCCAGCCAGAAAUGCUGCAGUAGCCUGUUGAAAUAAUAAUAUUACUUUGGAAUUGUAAAUGUUCAGAAGUUAUUGCAAUUGUAUAUGAAAAGAAAAUAUUUAGAAUUUAAAUCUAACCUACUUUGAAGGUUCUCUUUAGUGUGAAAAACCCUUUUAAUGCACUAUUGUGACUGUAAAUGUACUUGCUUCUUAGAAAUGGCCUUUUAAUAAUCAGACUGUAUUAACCUUUGAAUAUUGGUCAUUUAAUUUUUGAAAUGUGGAUUUAGUCUGCUUCCUUCACUUUAAAACAGGUAGAUAAAUGGCAGGUAUCUCAAUCAAAGGCCUAAAUUAAUCUCUGCAUAUCAAAGUUCCUGACCUCACAGGCACAAUAGUUAUCAUUCAUUUGAUGUCAGCAAAUACUCUUUGGUAUUAUUGAGCUCUUGGCAAAUCUAUAUUCAUUUACAGUGGCCUAUCAGAUUGGAAGAAGAAUAGGCUUUGAUGGUGUAAGAUAUGCUGGAUUGUUUACCUGAUUGAAAACACUUUGUGGACCCAUUUCACAUAUGUAACAAGGUUGUUUAAUAUUAACAGUGACAUAAUUUUAGUCAUGGACAGUUUGUUAAAGUGCUUUAGUCAUGAUAAUUUUCUUCAGUAGCGAUUAAGAGACAAUCUCAAGGGCUGGAAAAAAGUUGAUGAUGGUGGAUACUGUACAGUUCUGUCUUAGUGGACUUAAUUAUUAACCUAUGUAUAGCUUUAUGAUUAAUUUGUAGGAAUUGGUGAGCAUAUUUUUUUACAGAAAUUACUGUAUUUAAAAAUGUACUUUAAAACAUCAGUAAUUGUUCUUUGAGCAACGAACAGCUGAGGCCCUGAACUGUACGUAUUUAUGUAGUGUAGCUGUUGCUUCGGCACGCAUCUAGCUUGUUUCAUUGGCAUCUGUUGUAUUGGUUUGUAUCAUUGUAUAUUUGUAAUUAAAGUAAUAAGCAAUUCUUAGAAUGAUCCCCACACUCAGGCUAAACAAUUUGAAACUGCCAGUAGAUGCAGCCACAAGAGCCAAAGUUAAUUCUCUUUCCAUUUUUGGCAGUUUAUUUCUAUUCUCCACAAGCAAGAGAAGAGCUUUCCUACUUGGUAUAUAAAGAGACAGCUGUACCUGUCCUAACCCCCAAUGAUCUUGCUGUGGAAUUUUGCUUGUCUUUAAUCUUGUUUUUCCAUAAAGGCAUUUGUCUUAAAGGGGAAAAAUAAAUUUUGGGAUCCACUUACCUUUUUAAUUAAAAUAUUAAUAUUGAAUAUGGUUAGAUUUCCAAAUCGAUAACUCAUUAGCAAUAUUAAUUCCACAUUUGUAUACAGUCAGCACCCUUGUGCCUUUUUGCCCGCAGUAUACGUGUUCAUUUCCAUUUUACGUAAGCUUUAAGAAUGUCGAUAAUUAUUGCACCUUGUUUCUUCUCUAAUUAGACUUUCUUAAGCUUUUUUUUUUCCAACAAAGAGAAAUAUUUAAUAAAUAUAGGAGUAGGUCCUAGGCAUUUGUCUUUGGAGCUGAGCUCUUGACCCCUGUGAAGUGAGCAGGAAUCUCCAUCAGAAUGUAUUCAUUUGUAUCUAUUAGUUACAGUAUUGCAUAGGUGUGAGAAGUAGGGUGCUAGGCAGUUACAUUAAAAGCACAGCAGUGUGUAUUAUUAGAUCAGUCUCUAUGACUGGUAGUUUUAGUAAAUUGGGUUCAGUUUUUGAACCGUUCAGAAUACCUCAUGUGUAAAUACAGUUGUCAUGACUUAAUUGAAAUGCAGUCAUUGUAAAAAAGGAAGUGAAGCCACUGGAUGGCUUAUGCCUUCAGGCCUAUCAUUCUUGCCUCUUUGUGUAAAGGGGUUGUUUUUGUUUGUGUGUGUGUGUUUUGGGGGGGUUUUAUAUUUUAAAAAAUAGGGUUUACAGCUAGAAUUUUGAAUGCCAAAGUUCUAUUUAUUAAAUAAAAAGAAAGUUUUCAAUGUUAAUGGCUAGUAUUUUUCCACUGGAGUAUUGUUUGUUGAUGUUUGGAUUUGUAUUUACAGAGAAAUAAAUUUUUUACAAAAAUA